AUUCUACCACGCAAUCGCAUCAACAUCCGCCAGUACGGAGUCCUAAAUUCUGGAUUCUAUCUCCGCCCUGUCCAAGACUCGGCUGCUGGUAAUGGCUCAGGACGAGCAGCUGCAGAGCCUUCAACGUACAGUAUGGCAAGCGAGACUUCCUCUGGAAAUACGGCUGGCGGCAUCAGAGUCUCGAACUUUUGAUGGCACCGAUCCCUACCUGAUCGGCUUUCCACGACUGUCAUACCUGCCCUUGCUGUUACCACGCCUGCACUCGUUCUUCUCCAGCUCCUUGAUUGCUGAUCCUGAGACGGUCUCACCAUUCACCGGCUACUUUACGUACGACAAUGUGCCCCUGAAAUGGCAUCUACCGCUGGGAUUGCUCUACGAUAUUUAUGUCUUGUCCACACAAGAUGCCAGCCCAGACCAUGCGUCUUCGGCAGCCUUACCAUUCAAAUUGACGUUGCAUUUCCACCCAGAUCCAGAAAAGCCCACAGUGCCCGACGCUACCCCUAUGGUCCUGCAUGAUUCUUUUAUCAAUUCGGUCAAGGAGGCAGAUUUCCUGAGAUCCGGCACGGCGAAGCCCAUCAUGACUUUGUCGGCUCAAGAAAGCAAGGCUUUAUGGACCUCGACUCAACAGAGUGACGUUGCCACAUUUUCCAAGAUCCAUGGCAGCCUCGUGCCAGCGCCCGGCCAACUGCGCAAUAUUCCUCUGCGAGUUUAUCUACCAUCAUCACCGGACGAAGUGUCGAGUAAAGCACAGAUCAAGGUCCUACAGUCACAUAUUCCUCCCACAGUCAGCGUCGUCGGCCAGGCUUCACCGGCGGCAUUACGUGGAGGUGGCAGCGGGGGCGUUACAGGACAGCCUCAGACGCUGGGAACGGCCCUGCACCAACUGAUACCGAGCUUGUUUCCCUCCCGAAGGACUCCAAUCCUUGCUACUCCUCUCUUGCACGGCGCACCCGUACCCAUGAGUGCUAACCUGGAGGAAUUGGUUCGCUGGGGCUGUUAUGCAGAUGGAUGGUUGUCAGUAGUGCUAGCCAUGCGCGGGUGAGGAAGGGGGAAGACAGCGAUCAGGAGGAUGAGGUCGACGAAAUGUACGCAGUACCAUGGCUUCAUGAUCCUAGCCCAACUUGAAGCAUACUACGGAGUAACAAUGCAUCAAAUAAGCUGAUCUCGAGGCCGUGGUAGAAUCUGA